AUGAACUUAGCUAUAUCCCCCCCAACUUCUGUUGGGAAAAAUGUUGUUGUCCACCUUUCUGAGGAUGUUGUGCAUGCUGCUGAUCCGAAAUGGAAACACUGUCUAAUGGGUUACUUUGUUAGAAAGAGAGUUCCUUUCAAAAUGACUGAAUCGGUACUUAAGGAUACUUGGGGAUCUCAUUUAACGGAAGUGCUAGCUAACAAUGAAGGAUUCUAUUUCUUCUUUAUUUCGGAUAAUGAUUAUCACAGGAAAAUUCUCGAUGAAGGCCUGCUAACGGUGGAUAGAGUACCACUUAUCCUUAAACAAUGGCCCCCCACUCUUGAGUUGAGGAAUGAUAUGCAAUCUUUUGUGCCCAUUUGGAUUCGCAUGAAGAACAUCCCGUUCACUUAUUGGUCAACUCUUGGUAUUAGCCAAAUAGCAAGUGCGGUGGGUAGAUUGUUGUAUGUAGACCCUUUUACUUUAAAAAUGAGACAACUAUCCUAUGUAAGGGUAUGUGUUGAAGUGUCUGCUAAGCUGGAAAGAUGUGAAAUAGUGGAAGUCUUCUUGAAUGGUGAAUCCUUCAUUGUCCCCAUCUUCUACGAGUGGAGACCGAUCUCCUGUCCCAAGUGCCAUGUGUUUGGCCAUAACUGUGAAAGAGUAGAAGUCCCGAUUCCCCCUGCUGUGGAUUCUCAGGUGCCUGUUGUUGCUGAAGUCCCGGUCCCUCCUACUGUGGAGUCUCGUACUCCUAUUGUUGUUGAGGCUUCUUCGAAUACUUAG